AUGUUCCCGCCGCCAUUCCUCCAGUUCCCGCAGCCUUACGGCUUCUUCCCGUACUACGGCGGGUACGCCCCCGAGAUGGGCCUCUCGAUCCAGGUCGUGACCGCGGCCAACUUCGAGGCGGAGCUCAACACCAUCGCCGCCCUGCUGCGGCGGUUCCCCGUCAUCGCCAUCGACGCGGAGUACCCGGGCACGGUGCACCGCCCGCCCGCAGGGCGCCGCGAGGGCGGCCUCACCCCGGACGAGCGCUACACGCUCGUGAAAGCCAACGUGGACGAGCUCCCCGUCGUCCGGCUCGGCAUCACGCUCUGCGACGCGGACGGGAAUGUCCCGCUCGUCGCCGGCCGCCCCUGCGAGCAGCGCGCCUGGGAGUUCAUCUUCUCCGACUUCGACCUCCUCCGCGACCGCCACGCGCCGGAGUCCGUGGCGUUCCUGCGGUCCCGCGGCGUCGACUUCCGCCAGGCGCGCGAGGGCGGCGUGCGCUCCGCGGCGUUCGCGGCCAGGCUCGCCGCCGUCCUGGCCCCGGCGCAGCUGCGGGGGGACCUGGCGUGGGCGGCGUUCGGCGGCGCGUACGACUUCGCCUACAUGGUGAAGAUGCUCUCCGGCGGCCAGCCGCUGCCGGGGACCUGGCACGAAUUCAUAGCGCAGGCGAGGGCCCUCCUCGGCGGGCGGGUGUUCGACGGCAAGUACAUGGCGGAGCACUCCGGGCGCCCGGACCUGUGCCGCGGCGGCCUGAGGAGCGUGGCGGCCCGCCUCGGCGUGCCGCUGCCCAACCCGGCGCCACCGUGCCUUGCCGGCCCGAAGAGCCACACUGCCUGCGGCAUCUACACGGCGAUGAGGAGGCACUUCCGGGACCAUGACCACGGCGCCUGCUUCGACGGGCUCAUCGACGGCUUCCACUGA